AUGGACCCAUUAGAUAAGGUACAAUUCACAUAGGAAAUCCUUGACCACUUUCCUCUUUCUGUAUCCCCUAAGUCAAGUUCACAAUCUUUUUUUGGCUUUGCCAGAUACAGUGUCUACCGUAACUCAGCUGAAACAGCUGAUUCUUCACCUUGCAGUGAACCAAAAUUUAAAAGCUCAUUAGGCGAGUUCUCAUCCUCUAUUAUAAACCUUCACCGCUGUGACUCUCCAAGUGUUUACAGUGAAAUAAGCCCAGAACCAGCAUCCGCCUGAAUAGAAAAAAUUAUAGACUCCUGUAAGUGUGGGAAUGUUGACCUUUUAUUAAGCACCAUCGAGGAAUACCAAAAAGAGAAAGCUUUAAAUUUAAAUUCAGAAGACGUCGGAGACUUAAUUAAUUCUCCGCUUAUAAAUAAUUGGUGUGCGAUCCACUAUGUCUGCCAAGAUGGAAAAGCUAAUGUCUUAAAAGAAUUGUUAAAACUGGGAGCCAAUUGCAAUAUAGAGACUGCAGAUGGCUGGACUCCUUUGCAAUUAUCUUGUGAUAAUUGCUAUUUCCAAGAUUAAAAUGGAGGUAUUCUGGUAAGGGUAGCUCCGUUACUUUGGACGAGUGAAGGGGAACGUAGGCUCUUCUGAACUUUUGCCUAUAUGAGACAUCAUCUACCGGCACUGAGAGACGAAUGAAGUUCUAAUAGUCGUGCAGCUGCCGACUCCUUGCUCAGCGGAGCUCGUAUAUCAUGUAAAAGGCUUGAGAAAAAAGAAGAUCACGCUAUUUCAGGUUUCUUACUAACUAAUACUUAUCCAGCUAUUUCCCAUGUGUAGAGCUUUUAUUAAACCACCCAGGGAUCCAAAUAAAUAAACUGACAAUUUUAGGAUCUGCUUUGCAUAUUGCAUGUGAAAAAGGCUAUACAAAAAUAGUUACUCCCCCCAUCCUUGAUCGAACGACCCGCCAUCGUUCGAUCAAGGUUAAAAAAAAAUUUUUGGGAAAAAAUUUAUAUAUAAAGUAAAAAAUAUAUAUAUAUAUAUUUUGUUUAUUUACUUUUAAAUAAGAGGGUUAAGAGUAUUUAAUAAUUAUUUUUACAGCAAAAAAUUAAAUUAAUUUCAUAAAAAUACCAUUUUUAAUAUUUUGAUUUAUUAGUCACCCUUUUAAACUGUAUAAAUUUUAAUUUGUUCCUUAUUAAACUAAAUUUUUUUUUUAAAAAUUUUAAAGAAUCUCUAUUUUAUUAGAUUAUUGAGUUUUUAAGCCUAGGCUGAUGACUAAAUCAAUUCGGAUGGUUGAUUUCGAAGCUUUCUGUCGUCUAAAAUCUCUAAAACAACUUAAUUAUGUGCAUCUUCCCAAACUUUUGAUAACUAAUAUUUUUAUGUAUAUAAAAAUUUGCAUGAUAUGAAAAUCGUUCGAUCAAGGAUGGGGGUUAAUUUCCCCAAUUUUUAGGAAUUUUUACAGUCAAUCGUUCGAUCAAGGAUGGGGGGGAGUUAGGUUACUUUUAGAAAAUAAAGCAUCAAUUUCUUUAGAAAAUGCACAAGGAAAAAAUCCAUUAGAGCUUGCUACAAAGCAAAGAAUUCUUGAAUUAAUCCCUCAAUACUCAGGCAACGAAUUAUUGCAUAAAUAUUCUAAAAUAAGCUCUGAGGAUAAGCCUCCAAGUUUUAGUGGAGAAGUCUACUGAACUAACCCAUGGCAAAUAAAUGAUAAACUUAUAUUUUUAUUUCUUGAUACUCAAGAAGGAAGUUUGAAACAUUACAAUCAGCGAUCAACUUAUAUAGACUCUUUGCCUCCAGACAUCUCAAUACAAAUUAAAGAUAUCCAAGAUAUCAGACCAGUUUCAAAUACUCACAAUGAUCAAAGAUACUACUUUUCUAUAGAAACAAGAGAAAAGCCCAUCAAAUAUUACUGUAAAUAUUCUGAUAUGGCCAAUGUUUGAAUAAAACAAAUUCAAGAAGCUGUGCAAUAUUUCCAAUUAAAAGGCUUUGAUAAUGGGUCCAAAGAAGAAAAUAAAAACAUUUUAAAUAGAGCAUGCACACAUUUUGAGGAAAAUGCAGAUGAAAACUCAGAUAUAGAAGAGGAUGGACAGUCAGUAGGGUUUAAUAGUUUUGAUAUCAUUGAAGAACUUGGAAAUGGAAGCUUUGGGCAGGUGUUUAAGGUCAGGAAAAAGAACGAUGGAGAAAUUUAUGCCUUGAAAGUGCUUACUCCUUAUGAUCGAAUAAAACCAUUGGAAAAAUCCCUAUUUUUUGCCCAAAAACCCACCGACAAAAAUUUUUAUGAAAAAUAUUUUUAUAUAUAAGUGAUAAUUAUUAUAAUUAAAUAUAUAGUAAUUCUCUUUCAUUUUAGACAACUUGCAUUUUAAAGUGUAAAUUUUACAAAUUAAAUAAUUAUUUACUAUAAAAUUAGUUCGAAUUUGAAUUUUGAAAUUUUGAAAAAACAAAAUUUACUAUAAAAUUUAUACAAAAACUCCCUGUGAGCAGCAAAAUUUUUUGUUCACUCACGGAGAGGGUAGUUAAUAAAAGCUCAUUAAAAAGGCAUAACCAGCUAAAAUAUGCUAUAGCUGAAUGCAAAAUAUUAAAAUCGAGCAAAAAUCCAUUUAUUAUUAAGCUGCAUUGGGCUUUCCAAACACCAAAAAACCUUUAUAUGGCGCUUCAGUAUUGUGGAAAUGGUGAUUUAGAGCAAUUGAUAGAAAAUAAAAGAUAUUUAAAUGAAAAAGAGGCACAGUUUUAUAUAGCUGAAGCCAUAUUAGCGAUUGAAUAUCUGCAUUCAGUUAACAUUGUUUAUAGAGACUUAAAGCCUCAAAAUAUUCUUCUUGAUGAAGAUGGACAUAUAAGGCUAGCUGAUUUUGGCUUACCUCAUCCAAUUAAAUCGGCAAACUAUUAGAAAAAUCCCUAUUAUUUAGCACCUUUUGUGAACAAAAAUUUUUCAAUAUAGCACAUUUUAUAAAAAUAUUUUUGAAAAUAAUUGAUUAGAAUAGAAUUAGAUUGAACGCGGAUUGAUUUAUUCUCCAUUCCCAAAGUAGCGUUCCACGAAUGCAGCCCCAAUACUUCCUCACACGGGCGGCAGAGGUAUGCAGGUAGCUUCCAUUAGCAAGAGCCCGAGCCUAACCCUCUGAGCAGAGCAUUUUUCUAAUCAAACCGCCUAUGCGGAUCGUCCCUGGGAACCUUAUUUCCAGCUCAAGCCUUUAUAAAUAUUACUCAGACCUGGAAGCCUAAGGUCAGUAGCUCUUUAACUGAGCCAUUUUAAACUGGAGAGAUUUAGACCUUGAGAGUUGUCCAACUCGUAUUUCCUUUUUCAUCAAGCAGAUUAAGCAAGUAAUUCACCCUUAUCCUAUAUGGCACCCAACCUGGGCCAGGGUGAUGCUGGUAAAACGCGUAGAUUCACCACUCGAAUCAAGCAACUAAUCUGCAGAAAUAAUACUGGGCUCUCGUUCGAGGCUAACCCAACAUUUGGAUAGCUCUGUGUACCAAAAGCCCAUGCCCGGAUAUAUAAAUUUAAAAAAUUAACCCUUUUGCGAUGAAAGCAAAAUUUCUUUGAGAGCCUCUAGGGGGAUUUAGCAAAGGAAAAUAUAUCAAAGUGAAACCCUGCCAUGACAUUUUGUGGGUCUCCAGCAUAUUUAGCACCAGAACUAUUAUCAAAGAAUGGAGCCUGAAAGCCAGCCGAUAUCUAUUCAAUUGGCGUAAACCUCUAUGAAAUGCUGGUAGGGCAUCUUCCAUUUAACGAGCAAGAUGUCAGUAAAAUUUACAAGCAGAUUUCAUCUGGCAAAUUAAGGUUUCCAAAAAACAUCUCCUCUGAUGCAAAGCAUCUUAUUCAAAGUUUAAUGCAUAAAAACCCUGAAAAAAGACCAACAAUUUCUCAAGUUAAACAGCAUCGCUUUUUCUGCGAUAUUAACUGGGAUUUGCUUAAGAUAAAAUAACAAAAUUUAUAAUUAAAAUAAAAUUAAUAAUUUAUAAAAUUUAAUAAAAUUAAUGUUUAUUGCGAAAGUUAGUAAGAAAAAAAUAAAUCCACCUUUAGACCCAAGCUUGUUUUCCUAUAAAUCUGCUCAAGAGAUCUGUGAUGUAGUUUUUGUUGACUGUGAUUACGAGUCUGUUGACGUGUUUAACGAGGAUUAUGAAAGAUAA